AUGGAUAACACCACUUGUUUCUGGCCUUCCCUUGGUCUACCUUCGGGUGUUUUCUGGUGGAUCAUCCCAUUUGUUUUUUCCUUUCCUUUCUUUUUUCCAAGCCUCCAUAUUGAGGGAGGGCUAGUCGUGUUGUUCUAUCGGCGGCAAGAAAAGGUCGCAUAUGUUUACGCGGCUUCCUUGUUUUUACGAGUAGAAGAUAUCAGGCAUGGGUCAGCAUUGGGGCUGACAAAAGAACGAUGUUGUUGCAGCAGUCGGAAUGGUAGAACUGGGACGGGGGCACCCGAAUCGGCUCCUUCCUUACCUCCUCUGGGAGAAGGUGCUAUGUCUACUAUCCUAAGCUCAUUAGUAUCGCUCAGCGAAAUGACGAUAAACUCUCUGUAA